AUGGACACGUAUGCCAAGCCUGGGGGAUGCUCUGCUAGCAACCGAAUAAUUGGUGCUAAGGAUCAUGCUUCUAUUCAGAUAAAUAUUUCUGAGGUUGACAAGGUAACAGGCAGAGUAAAUGGCCAGUUCAAAACGUAUGCCAUUUGUGGAGCAAUUCGUAGAAUGGGUGAAUCAGAUGACUCCAUUCUGCGUCUGGCAAAAAAUGAUGGAAUUGUUUCCAAGAACUUCUAACUGAAGAAACUCUGGUAUGGAACAUCUGAUGUAAAAUAAACAAUUCGAACCUA